AUGGCCAUUUUUCAUUAUCUAUUACUCUUAGCAUUUCCUAUUAUUGUAUUUACUGCUUAAUCCAAAAUUGAAGGCAAGGUUUUCUAUUGUAAAACACUUUCUUUAAUAUAUUCAAGAAUUACAAAGAGAUUUUGUACAAGAUGAUCCAAUUCUCAAAGUAACACUUAAUUAUGGAUAAUAUGAAACAUAUACAUAAAAAAAUGGAAUCUUUGCAUUGUAUAAUACUCAAUAUAAUGGUUAGUUACAAUAUACCAAAUGGCAGAUACUUCUUAGAAAUUCAUUCUAGAUAUUUUGUAUAUGAAUCAGCAUUUAUUGAUGUAUAUACAAGUAAUAAAGGUACAAAUGUUGCUGUAUCUAAAAUUCAUCCAAUCUUAAGAUAAAGACCUAAAUAAUAAUAAUAAAAUAAGUAAUCAAGAAUACAAACGAGAGAUUAAAUGUUAUUUGAGAUAAUUUAAAGAAAAGAUUACUUUGAAGUAAUUAACCUAUAAUAUCUUAAUAGAAAGAAGAAGAAUUGAAUUUAUCAGCGAUCUAUCAAAAUUAGUAUUUUUUCAUGAUUGCUAUAACUGUUGUAAUGUUAUAUUUGGUUAAAAAAAUGCCAAUGGGUAAAUGUUGAUUUUAUUAAAUACAUUAGAGGAAUUACAAUCAGCAGAAAGAGCUCCAUAAUAAUAGUGAU